AUGGGUGCUCUUUGCAUCGCUCUUACUCUUUUCCUCCUCUUGUGCAUACCUGCACAAGCACAGUGGUGGAAUUUCUUCUGGAGUAGCCCCAAGAGCACCUUCAGCCCCUCUACUCCAUCCAUAACGUCACCGAGCCCCUCAGAUAUGCGAGGGACAAAAGCAUGGGUGGGAAAUGAGGACGAAAAACCAGGAACUACUUUCAGUAGUGCCAUCCCAACUGAGGCUGGGAUGUCAGUUCUCAACCCAGAUGGGUCUAUUUCUUUCCGGGGAACGCUACCUCCAGAUGUGACUACAGUUGUGAUGAGCAGUAAUGCAAGAUCCAAUUUCAAACCACUGAAACACUGGAAGAGUGGUGACUUCGGAAGUCAUGUGGACUUGACAGCGUUAAUUGGCAUGCCCCUCCCUCCUUCUGUCUCCUUCACGCCUGGUUUUGAGGGGUUUCCAGCUUACCAUUUUGGGCCUGAAGCCAACAUAGGCAGGCUCACCAAGGCCUUUGUACCAGACCCAUUCUACAUCGACUUCGCCAUCAUUGUCACGAUCCGACCAGCCAGCCAGAGAGGAGGCACUCUAUUUGCCAUCACAGAUGCCCGCCAAAAGGUGGUUGAGUUGGGCUUGGCCCUUACUCCAGUCCAUGCAGGUUUUCAGAAUAUCUUAUUAUACUACACUGACAGCAAGCAGCCAUCCCACAGCCAAAAAGCUGCUGCCUUCAAGGUCCCAGACAUGACGGACCAGUGGACUCGCUUUACUGUUGUUGUGGAGCACAAUGAGGUGCGUCUCUACAUGGACUGUGGCGAAGCUGAGAGAGCAGCCUUCCAUCGAAGGCCGGAACGACUCACUUUUUCACCUUAUUCGGGCCUUUUUGUUGCAAAUGCAGGAAGUACAGGCCUCGAGAGGUUUGUGGGGGCUAUUCAGCAGCUGGUUAUCAAAGAUGAUCCCAGGGCAGCCGAGGAACAGUGUGAGGAUGACGAUCCUGAUGCUUCUGGAUAUGCCAGUGGUGAUGAUGGUCUGGAUGACAGAGAGACAGAAGAAGAAAUAAAGAAAACAGAAAGAAAUAAACAUGGAGCUGCACAGGGAAACACUGCUCCAAUUAGAGCACCACCAACAGAGGCUCCAAAGAUGGAGAAUGAAAAAAAUUCAGAUCACCAGACCUCAAUUGAGGCCAAUGAAGAGGUCUUGCAAAAGGGGCCUCAGCAGACAGACGAGCCCGGGGAAGUAUCUGAAGAUGUUCUUGUAAAGCAUACCUUAAAAGGAGAGCCGGGGGAUUCUGGACCACCAGGCUCACCUGGCCCUCCUGGGCCCACUCUUCUACCUGGGCAAAUUCAACCAGGAGCAAGAGGUCCAAAAGGACCGCCAGGAAUUCCUGGAAAGCCAGGGAGAGACGGACAGCAGGGAAUGAAGGGGGACAAUGGAGAUGUAGGUCAAAGAGGACCUCAAGGAUUUCCAGGUUUGGAUGGAGAUGCUGGCAUCAAAGGAGAAAAGGGAGAGCCAGGAGUUGGAUUACCAGGCCCACCAGGCCUUCCUGGUCCACCUGGACCUCCCAGAUCACGCAGUGUAUCUUAUGGAGAAGAUGCGCUGGGUUCUGGGUUUGAAGACCUGGACAGUGAUACUGAACUCAUUAGGGGUCCUCCUGGACCACCUGGCCCUCCAGGACCACCUGGGCCUUCAGGGAACAACCCUUCAUCAACUGGCAUUGCUGAUGGCUUCGCUCACACAUAUGCUGCGCCACGUGGUGCCCCUGGUAAAACUGGACUCAAAGGGCAACCAGGAAUACCAAUGGUUACUGAUUGGUUUAGUGGUUCUGGGUCUGGUGGUUCAGGUUUGAGUACAGACUUGUACUCUGAACUUGGCUCGGGUUUCAGUUCUGAUUCUGAGUCCGGUUUUGCUUCUGGGAACGGGCUUGACCUGAGCUCUGUUUGGGUAUCAGGCGAGGGUCGAGCUGGAAAAGAUGGGGCUCCUGGCCUUCCUGGAGCUGUUGGAGAAAAGGGUAACAGAGGUUUACCUGGACCCCCUGGACCGAAGGGUGAAUGUGGAUCUACUGGGAUUGCGGGGUCUGUGGGCCCUCAAGGGCCCAGCGGCCCACCAGGAAAAAGAGGCCCACCAGGUCCACCAGGACCUCCUGGUCCCCCGAGUCUUGCUGGAACCAAAUUCUUUGUUGAGGAUAUGGAAGGAUCUGGCAAAAGUGAUGUGCUCACUGGUGCAAGAAUGCCUGGUCCACAGGGUCCACCUGGACUUCCUGGUCCACAAGGUCCCAAGGGUGAGGAUGGAGCCCGAGGUCCACCGGGCCCCUCCAUCAAGGGCGAAAGAGGGGACCCAGGAGCAAAUGGGUUGCAAGGUCCUGCUGGAUUACCAGGUCCAAGGGGGGCUAAAGGAGAAAAGGGUAACCAAGGGCAAAAGGGUGACUGCGGCACUCAUGGUCUGUCCAUCACAGGACCACCCGGGCCACCUGGUCCUCCUGGACCUUUCAUUAACCUGACAGAUUUCCUCCUGAAUGACACAGAGAAUAUGCUCAACUUCACUGAGAUCAGAGGACCACCAGGGCCUGAGGGACGUGAGGGCUUGCCUGGCAAAGCUGGAUUUCCAGGCCCCAGAGGACCAAAGGGAGACAUGGGCCCUCCAGGUACUCAAGGGUCAGCAGGGCUGAAGGGAGCAAAGGGAGAGCCGGGUGUGACCAUUGCUGCCGAUGGCUCCCUUUUAACAGCACCAAGAGGCCCAAAUGGGCCCAGAGGCAUCAAGGGUACCCGUGGAUUGCCUGGACCUGCAGGACCCACUGGCCCAUAUGGUCCACCCGGACAAAAAGGAGAAUAUGGCUUCCCUGGUCGCUCUGGACGACCUGGUAUGCCUGGUAGGAAAGGGGAAAAAGGAGAUUGUGUUGGCCUUCCAGGUCCCCCGGGCCCACCUGGUGCGCCUGGACUUCCAGGAAGAAUUCUUGGACUGAAUGGAACAGUGUUCCCCGUGCGCCCCAGACCGCACUGCAAAAAGGGACCAGAUUCAAACAAUGGGGUCGAUGUUGCUAAAACUAAAGGAGAAAAAGGAGAUGUCGGAAUACCUGGAGAGCCAGGAACUCCUGCCCCUGGAUUUCCCGAUGGAAUUGUGGGUGGUAAAGGUGACCAGGGAUCCAGAGGUCAGAAGGGAGAAAAGGGUGACUCUGGUGCUCCCGGUCCUCCGGGACUACCAGGGCGGUCAGGACCUGUGGGUCCAAAAGGGGAGUCGGUCAUUGGCCCUCCAGGUCCUCCCGGUUCACCAGGUCAACGUGGUGCCCCUGGGUUCGGACGCCCAGGUCCAAGAGGGCCACCUGGACCUGCCGGAAACCCAGGACCUGUUCCGGGCCCUCCUGGUCCUCCUGGCCCACCAGGAAUUUCAAAUCUGGUGUCCACCUAUGAGACAACACAUGCUCUGACCAAAGAGACCCACUUGGUUCCAGAGGGAACAUUAGCAUACGUGUCCGAUAACGGAGGAGAGCUUUACAUCAGAUCACAGAGCGGAUGGCGUAAAGUUCAGCUCGGAGACUUGAUCCACUCUGAACCGCCAUCCACAUCAGCACAUCGGGCCCACAGCAAACCUGGAGAAUAUAGCAGACCUCACAGAAGCCACAGCCAGGAGCUACAUGAGGGGAAUAGAGGAUAUCAGCCCAGUUUUAACAUAUUGCCACGGACCUUCAAUGCUGUUGCUGGGCUCCAUCUAGUAGCUCUAAACGCUCCAUUAAAGGGGGAUAUGCGAGGGAUCCGUGGUGCCGACUUUCAGUGCUACCAGCAGGCACGGACCAUGGGCCUGACGAGCACAUACCGAGCCUUCCUGUCCUCGCACCUCCAAGACCUGGCCACCAUUGUGAGGAAGGCAGACCGCAGCGACAUGCCUGUGGUUAAUCUCAGGGGUGAAAUGCUGUUCAAAAGCUGGAUGUCCAUUUUCUCUGGAAACGGUGGCACAUUUGACCCUUCCAUCCCCAUUUACUCCUUUGACGGACGCAAUGUGAUGAUUGACUCAGCAUGGCCAGAGAAGUUGAUCUGGCAUGGUUCAAGUGCUGUGGGAAUCCGCGCGACCAUGAACUACUGCGAAGCAUGGAGGACUGCUGACAUGGCGGUGACGGGUCAGGCCGCUCUGCUUCAAACAGGACGCCUUUUAGGACAACACACACGUUCGUGCUCCAACCACUACAUUGUACUAUGUAUAGAAAACACAUACGUUGGGAACAUCCAUCAACGGAGGUCUUGA